GGCGAAGCCCCAAGCCUCGCCUUUCGCUGGCGGAGAGUCGCGCGGUGCGCCCCGCGCUCCCCUAGCCUCCGACGCCGCCGCCGGAGCCCUAGGAGCGCGCGAGGCCCCGCGCACUCCGCGCUCCAGCCGGGCUCAGGCGCGGACUGGGCGGGCGCCGGGGCGGGACCGCGUCCUCGAAGGUUUGAAUGUUAGGAUCCAGAUUGCCGGCGACGGCGGCGAGCAGAUCCUGAAGCCAGAACUCCUCCUGGGCCCCCGCGCCCGCGACAUGCGGCGGGAGAGGUGCGGCGCCCCCCUCCCGCGUCCCCGCCAUGGAGGUGCUGCGGCGCUCUUCGGUUUUUGCCGCCGAGAUCAUGGACGCCUUUGACCGCUCGCCCACCGACAAGGAGCUGGUGGCCCAAGCUAAGGCGCUCGGCCGGGAGUUCGUGCACGCUCGGCUCCUGCGCGCCGGCCUCUCCUGGAGCGCGCCCGAGCGCGCCGCGCUCGCCCCGGGAGGCCGCCUCGCAGAGGUGUGCACGGUGCUGCUGCGCCUGGGGUCUGGACCCCUCACCAUGGGCACUGAGGUCCUGACCUCCAGCCAUUCUCAGUUCUGGGAGUGGGCACUUGGAGAGCAGGAGGCAGCAAAGAUGGACCCUGCCCAGUCCUCUCCAAGCCAAGUGUGGGGAGAGGCUGACACUCGGGACGAGCUGGAGCUGAUUCGGCCCAGCAUCUACCGCAACGUGGCGCGCCAGCUGAACAUCUCCCUGCACUCCGAGAGCGUGGUGACCGACGCCUUCCUGGCUGUGGCCGCCCAGAUCUUUGCUGCAGCUUGGUGGUCUGGAGAGGCCCUUCCUCCCAUGGAACACCCUGCUGCCCCGCAGAGAGGGUGCCCAGGGGGACAGACAGGCAUCACGUGGGGCAAGGUGGUGUCCCUGUACUUGGUGGCUGCGGGGCUGGCUGUGGACUGUGUGCGGCAGGCCCAGCCCGCCAUGGUUCAUGCUCUCGUCGAUUGCCUCGGGGAAUUUGUGCGCAAGACCCUGGCAACCUGGCUGCGAAGGCGCGGUGGAUGGCUCUAAAGACCCGCUGCCUGGCCCCUGCACUGCAGAAGGCGGCCUGGGGAGGGACUUCAGGCCUGAGAGGGAAAGGCCAGCACUGCCCUGCCCUGCCCUCCCCACGGGCUCCAGUGCCUAGUGAGCGAUGGCAUUGGUCAUCUCCAACACUGUCUCCAUGCUCCUAACUACUCACCUGGCCCAGCCAGACCGUGGGGGCUGCUGGGCCCUGGGCGUGGGGCGGGGCACCCUCACCCAUAGAUCUGUUUUCUCUGUAAAAUAGGUGGGACACACUGGCAGGAGUGUCGAGCUCAGCCCUCUGUUGAGGUUGCAGCCAAGGGCUGUGGUCUCAUCUGAAGGGGGCAUUGGGCGGGGAGGUAUUGCCUCCAGGUGACUCCCGUGGCUGUGGCACCCCCAGCACAGGGACUCUGAGGCCUCUGUCCUCCCCGGCCCGCUCCCACUGGAGCCCCACUGGGGCUGGACAUGGUGGCUUCCUGGCAUGGGGCCCAGCUGCCUCCACUCCCACCUGCGCUCCCUUCCCUUCUCACCAUCUGAAUCCUCAUGGAGGGGUUUGGUCCCUGCUGGAGCCUUCAGUCCCCACCAGACCACAGACCUUCCCUCCAUGGCUCAGUGCUCCCUGUCGGCUCGGCUGACACAGGUGGAAGGCUCGGGGGCCUCC